CGCGGCCGUCCAAAACCGUGACGCGCCCGUCGCGCGCGUGGAACAGACAGUGGAUAGGAGGCGGGCGCGCGCGGGGCUCGUGAUGGAAGAAUGACCGGUGACCACCACAUGGGGAUUGGCGGACGCGGCACCGGCACGCAGAUUUCCCCGGAUGGGGCGUGUGCGGCUGCCGGGGCCGCAUCGUGUGCACGCCAAAUUCUCCCGUCCUCUUCCCCCCUCCUCGACACCAGCUUAGCCAGGGCCAGGCUACGCAGCAGCUGCUACCUUAUCCCCACCCGCUGGCAGCACUCUGGCAGAUAUUACCCCCCCAGCUGCUCUACCCCCGUUGGCUGCUUCUUCUCCCCACCCUCGCCUCAACUUCUCUGCCGUUCCCUCCGAUCACCAGCUGCUUGUGCUGCUGCUGAGCCAAGGGUAGCGAUGAACAUCUUGAACCAGCCCAUCAACCCAGGCGGCCACCCGGUGUUCCCGGCGGCCAAGGAGAGCGGGCAUCUCACGCCGGCGUCGGUGCGCUUCGACGGCGUGCCGGCGGCGCAGCCGAGCACGGCGGCCGCGGGCCGGCCGAGGUGGCAGGCGCAGACGCUGCGCCGGGCCAGCAGCUACGUCGGCGCCGAACACGACGGGACCACCCCCACCGCGUCCGUCCCGGUCCCGGUCCCGGUCCAGGCCGCGGCCCUGGCGCCCGUCCCGUUCAAGCCGAUCACGCUCGACUUCCUGCGGUCGCUCGUGGACACGAACUGCAGCAUGACCCCCGUCGCCCCGGACGCCGAGGCCUGCGCCCCGCCGCCGCCGAAGAUGGUCGCACUCCGGGUGGUGGUGACCUCCGCCGUGGAGCUGGACGCGCGCCAGACCGAGCUCAUCGCGCGCAAGAUGCGCCGCCUCACCGGGUUCGUCAACCUCAAGGUCGAGAACGUCGUGGACACGUCCCUCAUCGCCGGAUUCGUCAUCUGCUACGGCACCGACGACUCGCACGUCAUUGAUCUCAGCGUCAAGAGCCAGCUCGCCGCGCUCAAGAACCGUGUCGACUCCAUCGACCAGACCGUCCAUGCCCACGGACACCCACACCACUGCUGAACGAUCCUAAGAUUCCAACACCUGAUGCACUGGAGCAAGGCGCGCCAUCGCUACCCCGUGCUACAGCUUACUAUACAAGCCUAUCUCCAUGAUGAUUAUGAGACUACCAUAUACAGAACCGAGCGCCAUGGCAACAACAGUUUUCCUAUCUAAAGUUGUUGUAAAUGGCAAGAAAACUUAGAUGUUACCUUCUUCCUGAGCCUAUAUGCGUUCUAUUGCUAAAAAACAAACGUUGUUGUAUAUAUCAUCCAUGCGGAAACAGCGGCUUCUAUGGUGUAAAGUUUAUAUGCUAUUGCAAGCUUGAAGUUUGUGUA